AUGCUGUAUCCAUUUCUUCUUCUGGGCUGCCUGGGAACCUUCCUACAGGGUGUUCAAGCACUGGAAGUCACCAACACAUCGUCCUGUGUAGACACCUGCGGUGGAGUUUCACUCACAUGGUACACCAACCUGACAUGCAGCGACGAUGGGUACUUCGGCACUUCCAAGGGGGAAGGCAUGCGUGAGUGUCUCGUCUGCGAAAGUACAAGCUCGGCGGACAAUGGUGACCUCAGCACGCCCCAGAACAACGAUAUAUACUGGUUUCUCUUCAACAUGAAAUACACGCUGGAAUACUGCCUGUUUGAAUCGAACAGCAGCACUCCCUCGCUACCAGAAUGCCAGGCCGACUGUGCGGGAUUGUAUCCUGUCUUGAUGGCCUCGUGGUUCUCGCCGACUGCUGCGAAGCAGUAUGAGUACUGCUCGAUCAAUGACACGGCCUUCACAGAGUACGCUGGAACGUGUGCAUCGUGCCUACAGGCUGGGACAGGGUCAGUGGUGCUUGGAAACUUCCUCAAUGCAAUGCAAUCAGCAUGCACUAGCCAGCCUGACGCCACACUUGGAGAGACAGUGCCUAUCAAGCGAGAACUAUUCAAUACCACCACCGUUGGUACUGCCACAGCGACCGCGACCACGUCGUCGUCACAGACGUCUGCCGCUGUGGCAACGACAUCCUCAUCUACGACUUCAUCUUCAUCUUCCUCUUCAGCAUCGUCAUCGAGCGCUGUAGCUCAAUCGGAAAACAAAUCGUCAGGACUCAGUACUGGUGCCGCAGCCGGUAUUGGCGUAGGGUGCGCCAUCGUUGCGAUCGCGCUCCUCGGCGGACUAGCCUGGUUCUUCCUCUCAGCGAAGCGCCGUUCCCGACGACAGGCUGCGACAGAAGGAUCUGACUUUGCCGAUACCAAGACGCCCUUUGUAACCGAAUAUGGGCAUGCCCAACAACUGGGUAGUACGGAGGUGCACGAGAUAGACUCGACGCAUGGUGGUGAAUCGUGGACGAACACGAAUGAAUUGGAUGGUCGGCCGAUAAAACGAUAG